CUAAAAUAACAAAUAUGCAGUUCGGUUUUUCCGCUUGCGGAAAACAGAUUAACUACUCAAGCUGAAUACUUCGCUUCACCCACGCUACGCCAAUUACCGUUGCUUUUAGUGCGCCUGCACUUGCAUUGAAAUAAUCAAUAAAUCUACAACAAAACAACAACAAAGCUUUCAUGAUGUGGCCCAGUGAUAAGCAACAACAAUAAAGCGCGCAGCCACAGGCUGCCCAAAGAAGCACAAAAACAUCCCAAGUCAUAGCCCAAGUCAACACACACACAAAAACAUACUACCCACACCUCACACGCACACCCACACAUAUUUACACAUACACGUACAUAUAGAACUUGCAUUUGACAUUUGGCAAAUUGACUUUUGACUUUGUGUUGAGAAUAAUGUCACGACAGGAGCGUCAACCAAUUGUGGAGGUUUCCAGCAGCAGCGGCGAUGAUGAGGCCAAGCCCGUGGUACGUCGUCGCAGCACACGGGAUACGGAGAUGGCCGCUGUGCCAGAAUCGCGUAAGAUGAGCUGCUGUGAUCCCAGCAGCAUGCCGCAUCGUUUUCUCGCCUUGUUAUUUAUGUGCCUGCUGGGCUUUGGUUCCUAUUUUUGCUAUGAUAAUCCGGGCGCUCUGCAGGAUGUGUUCCAGAAGGAGCUGCAUUUGAAUGCCACCGAGUUUACAUUCAUUUAUAGCAUUUACUCCUGGCCCAACAUAGUGCUUUGUUUUGUUGGCGGCUUUCUCAUCGAUCGUGUCUUUGGCAUACGUCUAGGCACUAUUAUUUAUAUGUUAAUAGUGCUGGUGGGUCAAUUGAUCUUUGCCACUGGCGGCUUGAUGGGAAAAUUCUGGUUGAUGAUACUGGGUCGCUUUGUAUUUGGCAUUGGCGCAGAAUCCUUGGCAGUGGCUCAGAACAGUUAUGCGGUGUUGUGGUUCAAAGGCAAGGAGCUGAACAUGGUGUUCGGACUGCAGCUAUCGGUGGCACGUUUUGGCAGCACAGUCAAUUUUUGGAGCAUGCAACCGUUAUACGACUAUGUAACCAAAUUCUAUGAGGGCUACACUGGUUUGGGCGUCACUUUGUUCCUGGCCGCCGGCACUUGUGUCAUGUCGCUAAUCUGCACGCUGAUAUUAGGCUGGAUGGACAAGCGCGCUGAGCGCAUACUCAAGCGCAAUAAUAAUCCAGGCGGUGAAAUAGCCAAACUAAGCGAUAUAGUCUCCUUCAAGCUGGACUUUUGGAUGGUUUCUGUUGUCUGCGUUGCUUACUAUGUGGCCAUAUUUCCAUUUGUUGCCUUGGGUCAGGCAUUUUUCAUCUCCAAUUUUCAAAUGACACCUGAUCAGGCCAACAAUGUCAAUUCAAUUGUGUAUUUGAUCUCGGCCAUAGCCUCGCCAUUGUUUGGUUUUGUCAUUGAUCGAGUGGGACGGAAUGUGACUUGGGUAUUUGUGGCUACAAUUGCAACGCUGGUGGCUCAUGUGCUGCUUACCUUUAGUCAUCUUAAUCCCUAUAUUGGCAUGACUGUUAUGGGCAUGUCCUAUUCAAUGCUGGCUGCCAGUCUAUGGCCUUUGGUAGCGCUCAUUGUGCCGGAAUAUCAGCUGGGCACAGCUUAUGGAUUCUGCCAAUCUGUGCAAAACUUGGGUCUCGCUGUGGUUACCAUAGUGGCUGGCAUGAUAGUCGACAGCAGCGGCGGCAGUCACUUCUGGCUGCAGCUCUUCUUCAUGCUGUUCCUCAUGAUUUCGCUCUUGGCUACCUGCGCUAUCUGGGCCUACGAUCGCAAGCAUCAGGGCAAUCUGAAUAUGACACCGGCUCAGCGGGCUACGUAUCACACAUCCAUGUACGUGAAUAUUGAGUCUAGUUGAUCGUACUAUUGAUGUUGUUCAUGUAUUGGUGUUAAUGAUUGUCUCAACCCAACGCGGCACUACGGAUCGGCGGCCUCUAUUGGGCAACUAAGUCUAUAUGCAUAUAUGUAAUAUUUAUUAUAUGAUAACCAAUGUGAUGUUUGCAUCUCUCCUAGAUCUAACUAUAUUUGUGACCCACACUCUCUUGUUGUUGUUUAACUUUGGUGCAUAUCCUAAAAAUAUCCGCAAAGGUUUACUCUUGUUUAUGCUUAAAUAUUGUAUUGGAAACUUUACAUAUCAAAAAACCAGAAAUUAUUAUUAUUAUGAUUGUAAACUUUUGUGUUGUAUAAAUUAUGUGCCAGUUGCCAAAGAUAAAUGUUAUAAAUAAUAUACACAUAACUAGACCUGAAAUGCAAAACUAAAAUAAAUUUCAAUUCAAAA